GGUGGGCAGGUGAAGCGUUGGGGAAAGGUGUCAGUUGAGGACUGUCUCGGAUGGGCUUCCGGGGGUCGCGUCCUCACCUCAUUUCCUUGGUCAUGGGAGAGGGAAGGAGGACGCGUGACGACGAGCCUGCUGAAGACCUGGGACCCUUUUCCCCCCUGCUGUUCUAAGUUCAACAUCCUAAAUAAAUCUGCCAAGAUGACACUUUCUCAAGUUACCUUUGAAUUAAGAGGAACUCUAUUUCCAGGGGAAAUUUUUGCAAUAUGUGGAGAUUGUGACACUUUGGGAAACUGGAAUCCUCAAUUUGGUGUGGUUCUUCACCCUGAAGAGAAGCCAAAUAAUAGCGUUCUAUGGAAAACAACUGUUGAACUCAAUAAAGGAGUACCAGUUCACUAUCGUUACUUUUGCGGAUACUUUUUAGAACCAAAGACUAUCGGUGGUCCCUGCCAAGUCAUAGUAAACAAGUGGGAGACUCAUCUACAACCACGAUCAAUAACCCCUUUAGAAAAUGAAAGCACUAUCGAUGAUGGACAGUUUGGAAUCCACAAUGGUGUUGAAAAUCUGGAUUCUGGAUGGCUGACAUGUCAGACUGAAAUAAGAUUACGUCUACAUUUUUCUGAAAAACCACCUGUCGUGAUAAACAAGAAAAAAUUUAAAAAAUCUAGGUUUAGGGUAAAGGUGACAUUAGAAGGCCCAGAAGAUGAUGAAGAUACCCCAUCUCCCAUUAUCCAUCACAAAAUGGCAAAUGUUUUAGAGAUAUCCUUAGUAAGUGAUAAUGAAUUCAAAAGUCGGCAUUCUCAACCAGAAUGUGGUUAUGCAUUGCAACCUGAUCGGUGGACAGAAUAUAGCAUACAGACGAUGGAACCAGAUAAUUUGGAAUUACUCUUUGACUUUUUUGAAGAAGAUCUAAGUGAAACAAUUGUUCAGGGAGAUGCACAUCCAGGACAUGUUGGUACUGCAUGUCUGUUGUCUUCUACCAUUGCUGAAAGUGGAAAAAGUGCAGGAAUUCUCACACUUCCUAUCAUGAGCAGGAAUUCAAGAAAAACACUUGGCAAAGUUAGAGUUGAUUAUAUAGUUAUUAAGCCAUUACCAGAAUACAACUGUGAUAUGAGGUGUUCAUAUUCAAAGUACUGGAAUCCAAGAUCAACUCUAGAUGUUGGACAUCGAGGUGCAGGAAACUCUACAACCACCACCAAGCUUGCUAAAGUACAAGAAAAUACAAUUGCUUCUUUAAGAAGUGCAGCUAAUCAUGGUGCAGCUUUUGUAGAAUUUGAUGUUCAGCUUUCAAAGGAUUUUGUACCUAUUGUAUAUCAUGAUCUCACUUGUUGCAUGACUAUGAAAAAGAAAUUUGAUACUGAGCCAGUAGAACUAUUUGAAAUUCCAGUGAAAGAAUUAACUUAUGACCAGCUUCAACUGUUAAAGCUGUCUCAUGUAACUGCACUAAAAAAAAAUUCCUUAGACGAACCAGACGUGGAGGAAAGUUUAUCUGAAAAUCAGCCAUUCCCUUCUCUCCAGAUGGUUUUGGAAGAUUUGCCAGAGCAUGUCGGGUUUAAUAUUGAAAUAAAAUGGAUUUGUCAACAAAGGGAUGGAAUAUGGGAUGGCAACUUGUCAGCAUUUUUUGACAUGAACCACUCCUUGGAUGUCAUUUUAAAGAUUGCUUUAGAAAAGUCUGGAAAUAGAAGAAUUAUAUUUUCUUCAUUUGAUGCAGAUGUUUGCACAAUGAUUCGAAACAAGCAAAACAAGUUUCCUGUUUUGUUUUUGACUCAAGGACAAUCUGAAAUUUAUCCUGAACUAAUGGAUCUAAGAUCUCGGACAACUGCCAUUGCAAUGAGUUUUGCACAGUUUGAAAAUUUGCUGGGAAUAUGUGCACAUACUGAAGACCUUCUUAAGAAUCUGUCACAUAUUGAUGAGGCAAAAUCUAAGGGUUUAGUAAUAUUCUGUUGGGGUGAUGAUAACAAUGAGCAUGAAAACAGAAAGACGCUGAGGGAUUAUGGUGUUCAUGGUCUAAUCUAUGACAGGAUAUAUGAUUCGAUGCCUGAACAGCCAAAUAUAUUUCAGGUAGAGCAACUGGAGCGUCUAAAGAAAGAAUUACCAGAACUCAAGAGUUGCACAUGUCCCACUGUUCGCCAUUUUUCUCUUGCAUCAGCUUCGUGUAGAGGGGGAAAAAAACAUCGCUUUUCGACAUACUGGGAAGGUUCAAAAAAUGUUCAAUGUAUAAUACCUUUGGCUGUACUACCUCCACCAACGGCUUAUGAGACACUGAAGAGGUGAACAUACCAGUAAAAACAAGUCCAGAAGAACAACAUGUCAAGUGAAGAACAGGUAUGGUGAGCCCAUAAGCAAAAUGGAGCAACAUGCCCAACAGAGACCCUUGACAACAAUGAGAACUCAUAGUGAAAGCAGUGAAAUGAUAUCACCAGAAGAUAUGAGUGAGAGCGGCUCAAUGACAUUAUCAGGAAAACAUUAGCAAUUCACUAGAAAAUAUCACAGACCAUGAAGCAUCCUCUGAUGAAUUCCCCACAUGAAUGAUUUCUAUUCAUGAUCCUUCUCCCACUGGUGAUAUGUGUAUCCUGUGACUAUGAGGUCUAUUCUAUUGAAAAUCUUCUUACUAUGGCAUUUCAUUAAAUUUCUUUGAACUGA